AUGGAACGCUCGCCGGUGAGUCGACUUGAUGCCACUAGCGCUUUGGCCCACGACUUCGUCCAGCAGGCCGUGAUUGUGCCCCAUGCACCACCUGGUGAUCCCAAUGCACGCUCGCAGCGCUUGCGACAACGCUUCGUGAAGAUGCUUGGCGAACAUCGUGCGGCGUCAGAUUGGAAACUGAGCUUUUCGGAGCACGGUCGCCAUGAAGCCCUGGUCUAUCGCCGUCGCUACCUCUUCAGCAGUGGCACCACCAAGAGCUUCCUUCAGAUUAUUCCCUUUUCCGAGAUCAAGGAUCUGCAGGAGACCAGUCACACCAUCUGGCAAACCUUGGAGUUAGAUGGAUGCCUGCAAGUCCCGCUGGACGGCCUAGACGCAACAGCUGAGCCCUACUCUCCGGCAAUGUUGCCAUUGGAACCGGCAAACCUGGCAGCGAUGAUGGGUCAAUCUGCGCUGAAGCCUCCAAACGAGCGAAUCACCACAGGGAUGCUACGCACUCCAGAUUUGCCGCCAAUGCACCGAGCAAAUUCCAAUGGCAGUGCCAAAAUACUUCGGAUCGACAGCACCUCUCUCUCUCCAGCAGCAAGGGGUCAGUACGAAGGAGAUGAUUCAUCGGGGGCCAGGGGACAACCCACCUGGUGGAUGCCAUCUCAAGCGCCGAAAAACUCGGGCGAGAAGGUCUCUAGGGAUAUGUUUGGCACCUGCGCCUUUUCACAAAGCAACGAAGAUGGGCAACGCCGGCGCUUCGUGAAAAAGCUUGGCAUGGGCGAGGAGGAAGAAGAUUUUGAUGACACCGCCUCGUGGCAAUCCUGGAGGUCUGAGGCAAUGCUUUCCAGUGCCAGUCGUAACAGCCGUGGCCGCAGUGGAAGCAUGGCCAGUUGUAUCAGUAAUGCCAGUGCUGCAGCCAUGAGAGAACUUCUACUGGCCCAGAGUGAAGAUGAAAGUGACCGCGACUUCGACGGCUUUGGCCCUCCGGCGGGCCCCAUGCUCUCCCACAGGGGCAGCGGUAUCCGUGGAUCUUCCCCUCACUUGACAGUUCCAUCGGAAUCCUCGCGGAGACAGAUCUUGUCCCCGACGCAGCCAGUGCCACCAGCACGGGACUGGGGAACUUGCCAAUUCAAAAAGGAAGUGGGGCCUGGUGGCCGCGGGCGCCAGAAGGCCAGAAGAUUUCAGGGACUGUAA